AUGUCCGCCAGACCAUCUACCCUCCGAAUAAUCUGGCAUCGCUGCCCUGGUACCUGUGCUGGUAACCCAGUACGCCCCAGCUUCCAGACAUACUUUUCACCAUCAUGGCGCUCCUUUGCCACAAGGGCUCCUCGAUCUUCGCCCGUUCCUAGGCCUCAAAGACGCACCGCGCCCUCAAAUCCCCAAUACGCCGAACUACCCAAGAAUUUACAACCAAAGGCAGGAGGACUUGGAAGGUUAUUCAGCAGAGUUGCCCAUGAAGGAGAUGUGGCAUUGUUCAAGGCGCACUCGCAGCGCAGCUAUUACUUCAGCGCAUACGGCCUGUCGGCAUUCUGCUUCGCCUAUGCAGUCUACAACUCCAACGCUGUGUUCCGAGACCCCGUCACCGUCCUACCUAUGUGGCAACAGGCCCUCUUCGGCGGUAUCUGUGUGUCGAUGAGUGUCAUGGGCACUAUCUUCCUUGUUCGGACUGGUAACAUGAUCCGAAGCAUCAAGGCAGUCCAUUCCCAAGGCCAACCCCGUAUCCGCUUCCAGGUUCGGGGUAUGCUGCCAUUCAGAAAGUAUGAGUUUGAGGUUGCACCCUCUCAAGUUCAUAUCUCCAAGAAGCUCGUUGUAUCACCGGAGUCUGUGGCGCGCUUUGAGAAUGAUAGCAGGAAGCUUCUUGGUGGUUCGAACGAGCCGAAACCGAGCUUCUUCAAGGCCCCCGUUGCGAGAUUGAGCCAUGGAGUUUGGAGGAUAUUCCUGUCUGUGCGGCAAAUUUUCACCAGUGAAGACUUUAUUCUCAUUAAGAUUGAUGGCCGCAAGGGUACUUUCCGGAUGGACUCGAAUGGUUUGGUCGAUCGCGAUUUCCUCCUCCUGGGCAAUCCGGUGAGGAUGAGAGGUCAGAACGCUUAA